GAGCACGGUCACAUGCCGGCGGCACCAACAUCACAGACCUAUUCAAUUCAGUUUCUUCUCGCGCGCCCGUCGCGCUCAACGUAUUGAGUGAAUUCCAAGCUGAAUACACGGACUGAAUUUUUGUUCCAGAACAAAAGGAGGCAGUGUAGUCCACCAAGAUGGGGGCGAUGUUCCGGAGCGAAGAGAUGGCUCUGUGCCAGCUCUUCAUUCAGCCCGAGGCGGCGUACACCUCCGUCUCAGAGCUGGGCGAAGCAGGCAGCGUGCAGUUUAGAGAUCUAAAUGCCGAGGUGAACGCUUUCCAACGUAAAUUCGUGAACGAAGUGCGUCGUUGCGAUGAGAUGGAACGCAAGCUGCGGUACAUCGAAGCGGAGGUGCAUAAGGACAAAGUGCCAGUGCCGCAGGUCAAGGAUAUGCCCCGUGCGCCCAACCCUAGAGAGAUCAUUGAUUUGGAGGCGCACUUGGAAAAGACCGAAAAUGAAAUCCUAGAACUUUCGCAUAACGCCAUCAACUUGAAACAAAAUUAUUUAGAGUUGACCGAAUUGAAACAUGUCCUCGAAAAAACCGAAGCUUUUUUUGCUGCCCAAGAGGAAAUUGGAAUGGAUUCCCUGACCAAGUCGCUGAUAUCGGAUGAAGCUGGCCAGCAAGCCGCCACACGGGGUCGUUUGGGCUUCGUGGCUGGCGUGGUCCAGCGCGAGCGAGUGCCGGCCUUCGAACGAAUGCUGUGGCGUAUUUCACGAGGAAACGUGUUCCUGCGCCGCGCCGAGCUUGAUAAGCCUCUUGAAGAUCCCAACACUGGUAAUGAGAUCUACAAGACGGUUUUUGUCGCGUUCUUCCAAGGAGAACAACUCAAGUCUCGGAUCAAGAAGGUGUGCUCCGGCUUCCACGCGUCGCUGUACCCGUGCCCGCCCUCCAACACCGAGCGACAGGACAUGGUCAAGGGAGUCCGCACUCGUCUCGAGGAUCUCAACAUGGUGCUAAACCAAACUCGUGACCACAGACAGCGCGUGCUGAUGAGCGUGGCGAAGGAGCUGGCGAGCUGGUCCAUCAUGGUGCGCAAGAUGAAGGCCAUCUACCACACCCUUAACUUGUUCAACAUGGACGUCACCAAGAAGUGCCUCAUCGGCGAGUGCUGGGUGCCCACUGCGGACUUGCCCAACGUGCAGAAGGCUUUGGCGGACGGAUCUAACGCUUGCGGAAGCUCAAUCCCAUCUUUUCUGAACUGCAUCGAAUCCGACGAGGUCCCGCCCACGUUCAACCGCACCAACCGCUUCACGCGCGGCUUCCAAAACCUUAUCGACGCUUACGGUGUGGCUUCCUACAGGGAAUGCAAUCCAGCACUCUACACCAUAAUAACAUUCCCGUUCCUAUUCGCUGUGAUGUUCGGAGACUUGGGCCACGGCUUGAUCAUGGCUCUUUUCGGCUUCUGGAUGGUCAUCAAAGAGAAGUCGCUCUCCGCUAAGAAAUCCACCAACGAAAUCUGGAACAUUUUCUUCGCCGGCCGCUACAUCAUUUUACUCAUGGGUUGUUUCUCCAUGUACACUGGACUCGUGUAUAACGAUAUAUUCUCCAAAUCGAUGAACAUCUUCCAAUCGUCGUGGUUCUCUCCAUACGAUGACCACACUCUAGAAAGUAAUAAAGCCUUCACCCUGGAUCCUAAAGACUCGUAUAUUGACACGCCGUACUUCAUCGGUAUUGAUCCGAUUUGGCAGACUGCCGAAAACAAAAUCAUUUUCUUGAACUCAUACAAAAUGAAACUGUCCAUCAUUUUUGGCGUCGUCCAUAUGAUCUUUGGCGUCUGUAUGAGUGUCGUUAAUUACAACUUCUUCAAGCGUCGCUAUUCGAUUUUGCUGGAGUUUCUGCCACAAGUGGUGUUCCUGCUCCUGCUCUUCUUAUACAUGGUGUUCAUGAUGUUCUUCAAGUGGGUUGCCUACAGCACUUUCUCUACAGAACAAGCGUACACGCAAGGCUGCGCGCCGUCCGUGCUAAUCCUCUUCAUCAACAUGAUGCUGUUCUCAAGUACUGCGCCGGAGGAGGGCUGCAAUGAGUUCAUGUUCGAAGGCCAGGGCACCAUUCAGCGCGUGUUCGUACUCAUCGCGCUCUGCUGUAUACCUGUCAUGCUUCUGGGCAAGCCCUUAUAUCUUCUGGCGGCUAAGAAGAAACAAGUUAAGCCUGAGCAAUCUAACGGUAACGUGAACCAGGGUAUCGAACUGCAAGAACAGACCGACAUCGGCGACGCGCAGCCCAAGCCUCAGCCGGCGUCUUCCGGCGGCCACGACCACGACGAUGAGCCCUUCAGCGAGAUCAUGAUCCACCAAGGCAUCCACACGAUAGAAUACGUGCUCAGCACCAUCUCCCACACGGCCUCCUACCUUCGGUUGUGGGCCUUAUCUCUUGCUCACGCAGAGUUAUCGGAAGUGCUGUGGAGCAUGGUGCUGAGCUUUGGGCUCAAAGACCACGACUACGUGGGCGCCAUCAAACUGUACGUGGCGUUCUUCUUCUGGGCCUUCUUCACGCUCGCCAUUCUCGUCAUGAUGGAGGGCCUCUCUGCGUUCUUGCACACAUUGCGUUUGCAUUGGGUGGAGUUCAUGAGUAAAUUCUACGCCGGUCUGGGUUACAUCUUCCAGCCAUUCUGCUUCAAGACAAUCCUCGAACAAGAGGAUGACGAAUAAAUUCAUUAUAAGUAAUUACAUAUUAAAAAUCUAACGUAGAUUGCAACAGUAUUGGCAUAUGAUUUGUAUGCAAAAUAGGUGCAAAGGUCACAAUAUGCAAUUAUGCAUAGUCGUUAAAUAAAUAUUUGUGCAUUUU